CACGGUGUUGCACGCAGAGAAGGAGGUUGGAUUAAUGCAUAACUCCAGGGGCAGUCUAGUCUCGUGUUCGUCUGCUGCUUUUGACUAAAAGCAGCUCAGGAAGAGGCAAAUGGCUCAGAGGCAUUUCGAGGGAAAAGAACAUGCCGAAUCUUACCUCAAGUUUCGGGUGUCUCCUCCUCAGGAGCUCAUCGAUGAAGUGCUGAACUUCCUUCGAUCAAGAACACGGGACUAUCUCGAUCUGGCAGUGGAUGUGGGCUGCGGUUCAGGACAGGGCACUGAGCUGCUCGCUCCUCACUUUCUCACUGUGGUCGGGACAGACAUCAGUCCAGCUCAAAUAAAGGUAGCUAGUGGCAAAGAGCAUGCACCGAAUGUGUCUUACAGAGAGAGCCCUGCAGAGGAGUUGCCUUUUGAGGAUGAUGUAGCUGACUUGGUUACAUCCAUGGCAGCAGCUCACUGGUUUGAUCAUCCACGCUUCCUGAAGGAGGCAGACAGGAUUCUGAAGCCAGGAGGCUGCCUCGCUCUGCUCAGCUACACCAUGGAUUUUGAGCUGGAAUAUAAAGAAAGCACCUCCAAGCUCAAUGAAAUUUGCGAAGAGUUCUAUGCAGCCCUGCUCCCUUUUCGGAAAGCUUAUUUAGGAUCGAGCUCUCUAGAGGUCUACAAGAAGAUCUAUGACUCUGUGACAUACGAUGAUAAAGAAUGGCAUAAAUGUCUCAGGUGUCCAACUGUUAUGCCACUGUCAGGGUUUAUUGGCUUUGUUGAAACCUUUACUUCCUAUCAAGGUUUCCUGGAGAAAGAUCCUGUUGAGGCCAAAAGACUGUCUCAGACCAUCACAAACCGGUUGUUGGAAGCAAUGGGAGCAUCAUCGACUGACACAGAAGUAACAGUGAUAGUGAAAUAUUUCUAUGUCUUGGCCUCUAAACCACAGAUGUCCUAAAACAAUCUGGAAUCAUCUACGUUGUCUGUGUCUCAAUAUUUCUAAAUCAGAAAAAACAAAACAAAAACAAUAAACCAUUUUUGUUUUAUUUCUGUUCUGAACAUUUUGAACAAUAAACACUUAACAUCAAACCUGAA